CACUUCCUGGCCGUGACUGUUUCGCUUGUUUUGGCAGUGUGAUAUUUGUGUAUUUCUGCCAUGUUUGUGUACAUCUCUCGCUUGUGGAUUUACAUUUAUGAACGUUUAACGUCGCCGUGACGCUGGGGAAUAAUAACUACACGCGCUGUACUGGAUUAUACACGCAGUUGAGUUCGUUUAAUGGAUGACUGGAGGCAGAAAAAGUGAUUUGUUUUCCUCUGACUGAUCCAGGAUCAUACAGUACUGAGAUACACAGCAAGGUAUGGAUGAUCUGUCAUACAUGGGGUCUGGCUGAGGGCCGUUGUUGCCCCGGCGACUGCACCCCAUUGGCUGAAUCACCAGCAUGUACCGCAGAAAUGGCCUAUCGGAUGGCACCAGCAUUAGCUCCGCCUCCUCCGAGGGCAGUCAGAGCUCUGUGUCUGUGGACGGGCCGAGUGUCGGAUGUGCCAAGAGUUACGAUGCCGUCGUGUUCGAUGUGCUGAAAGUGACGCCAGAGGAGUUUGCAAGCCAGAUUACUCUGAUGGACGCGCCGGUGUUUAAAGCCAUUCAGCCAGAGGAGCUUGCGAGCUGUGGCUGGAGCAAAAAGGAGAAACACAUUUUGGCUCCCAAUGUUGUUGCCUUCACCAGGAGGUUUAACCAGGUGAGCUUCUGGCUGGUUCGGGAAAUCCUCACUGCACAAACGCUGAAGAUCCGCGCUGAGAUCUUGAGCCACUUCGUCAAAAUUGCAAAGAAACUUCAUGAACUGAAUAACAUUCAUUCUAUGGUGUCGGUGGUUUCUGCAUUGCAAAGUGCUCCCAUCUUCAGACUGAGCAAGACCUGGGCGUUGAUCAGUCGGAAGGAUAAGGCCACGUUUGAGAAGCUGGACUACCUGACCUCCAAGAGGAGAAUUACGCCCUAUGAGGGAAUACAUCCCUCUCCCUCAAGAUGGUGCCCUGCAUCCCGUACCUGGUGA